ACGAUGAUUACCACGACGAGCACGCCGACAAUGAACAAUACUGACGGCGAUAAACGUUAAAGCAACAGUAAAGGCAUAGGAGAAGCAGUAGCAGCAGCAGCAGUAAAAGCAAUUGCAGCAACACCACCAUCAGCAGCAGUUGUGCGCUAGUGUUCGUCCCUCAGCACGGCAAUGACAGUAACGAUAGCAAUGAGAUUGUAGUUGGAUAAGCGCUGGCGAUGUCAAACGAAUCAGUGCGUAGCAUGGCAGACGAGCCGACACGAAAGGAUAACAAGUGGCAGUUACGUUUGAAAAGCGAACGUGUGCAGACGCUUUCGGCGGCAAAGCAUAUUUUGCAAGCGUGAAUGCUGUGAGAGUAGAAUAAAUAAAAAACGAUUUGUUGUUGAGUGUAUAAUGUGAAAAUAUUAUUAUUUUAAAACAAAUAACGACAUGUGAAAAAAAUAUUUUACUGAAUUUCGUAGCUCGAUACGAAGUACGCUAUUCUACGAUUAUCCAUGUAAGCGCACAUAUCACAUAGCUGGUUAUGGCAGCGAAUUUGCUAAAUACCGUGGGAUAUAGGAACUCAUUAAUUUGACGAAUUUUUCGUUGGCAGACAGAAACAAAUCACGCGAUUUCGGCGCGCACCCAUCAUAGUGUGCCAUUUUUCAUUGAAUUAAAUUUGGUGACAGCACAUCAAAAUUUAUUACUCCAACCGUUCAAGUAAUAACAGCAACAAAAAACAAUUAGCACGUGGAAUAUCAUAUAAACCGUAGAAAACUGAGUAAAUUAAAUGAGUGAAUAUAGCAUUUAUUACAAAGCUGUCGGCAGUCAUAAUAUUUGAGCGGCCGGUAAAUGAAUUUCCAGCCUUAAUCGUAACGACUACAAAUGACAUACUACUCGAAAUUAAUAAAGCGUAAUUGCUAGAGUUGGUGACCUUUGAAUUGCAACGCGGCAAUCAAUUGUGUGUUGGCUUUCAAAUUGUCUGGAGGGUGCCUAAAUGAAAUUUGGACUGCCAGAUACGAAAACUCGUAUAAAUUAACAUAAACAUAAAACAACAACAACAAAAACAAAAAACUCGUAAAUGGUUAGCACCAUUUAGGAAUACAACAACUAUACCAAAAAUAUUUUGACAAUAACAACAACAUUAGUUAUAGUAUAAAUAUAGACGCUUCGAUUCACAAAAGCCUUCACACAGCCACAUACGUGUACAUGUGCAUUGAAGUUAACACCUGCACGACGUGCCACUCGACGACUGUUAGCUAGCAAUUAGCCCUGUCAUUUGCAGUGGCUGCCUUUCGUGCGUACUUGUCUAGCAUUUAUGAGAAUCGGCUAAGGGUAUUUGGUGUUUGUGUAUUAAAUGGGAAGCAGUUAAAAAACCGGCAACGGAAGUGCAUGUAAAUCACACUCACACAAAAAAUGAAAGCGACACCGUUGCAAGGCAACAAAAAAUAAAUAAAAGUAACAGUAAACGCGAAAACAAUAUGGAGGUGAAAACAAUAACAACAAAGUGCUCCGACAGAGGGUGUAGAAAGUAAAGGAAAUAAAUAAAUAGUGAAAAUCACGGCAAAGCGACGAAGUGUGCAGUGAACACUCAUAAAAAGUGAAACAGUAAUAAAGUUUAUUAAGCGUAACGACUGCUGCGAUACCGACGCACAGUGUGUUAAUGCCCAGCACCUGUUUGGUGAAAAUUGUGAGUUCCUAGAAGAAGCGAAAAAUUAAUUACCACACUGAUUAGUGGCAUUGAAACAACUUUGUAUGCGGCAAUAAAUGAAAACUUUCUAAAUAUGGAUGAACAUACAUACAUAAUACAUAUGUACACAUGAAGUGCCCACGGUAAACAAAAAUAAAAUCAAAUAAAUUUCAGCAAGUGUAGAGAUAGGCAAAAAUUGCAACCGACGACCAUGAAAAGCUGUGUGAAAGUAAAAAGCUUAAAAAUAGUUUCGGCAAAUGGGACUUUUCGAGGAAUGCAACACUUGACAAGCCAGCAGUAGUUGCGGCUUAGAGCAGUCGCUUGAAAAUAAAAGCAACAACAGCAACAGUAAUCACAAAAGCAAUAACCACAGCAGCAGCAAGCGGCCAGAGUAAAAUAGCAACACAUUGAGAACAAUCAAACAGCUGCACAAUCGCAUUUGUGUAUUUAGCAAUUUUCACAUAAACACAUACAUACGUGCAUACCUAGCAGAGAAAUACACCAUAUACGAAUGAAAAAUGAAGCUGACGGAGUUGUUGUCCUACCUUUGCCUCUUGCUAUGCGCCAGGACACAAGUGAUAUUGGCAGUUAGUUGGGAAGAAUGGUGGACCUAUGAUGGCAUAUCAGGUCCUGCCUUUUGGGGUCUUAUCAACCCAGAGUGGUCACUUUGUAAUAAAGGGCGUCGACAAUCUCCGGUGAACCUUGAACCACAGCGCUUAUUAUUCGAUCCCAAUCUAAGACCUUUGCAUAUCGAUAAACAUAGAAUAAGCGGUCUAAUUAGCAAUACUGGUCACAGUGUCAUUUUCACCGCUGGCAACGAGACGGUUGCGAACUAUGAUGGCAUGCAAACGCCAGUUAACAUAUCUGGCGGACCGUUAUCGUAUAGAUAUCGAUUUCACGAAAUUCAUAUACAUUAUGGAUUGCAUGAUCAGUUCGGCUCAGAGCAUAGCGUGGACGGCUAUACAUUCCCAGCAGAGAUCCAAAUAUUCGGUUAUAAUUCGCAACUUUAUGCAAAUUUCUCGGACGCUUUGAACCGAGCGCAAGGCAUUGUUGGUGUCUCGAUUUUGCUACAGCUCGGUGAUCUGUCCAAUGCGGAAUUGCGUAUGCUUACAGAUCAACUGGAACGCAUACGUUUUGGUGGCGAUGAGGCAUUCGUCAAACGCCUGUCCAUACGAGGUCUGCUACCGGAAACGGAUCAAUAUAUGACCUAUGAUGGCUCGACAACAGCACCCGCCUGUCAUGAAACUGUGACGUGGGUUGUCCUAAACAAACCCAUUUACAUAACCAAACAACAGUUGCACGCCCUACGACGCCUAAUGCAAGGUAGCCCCGAUCACCCCAAAGCACCGCUAGGCAAUAAUUAUAGACCACCUCAGCCGCUACUGCACCGGCCUAUUCGAACAAACAUCGAUUUCAAAACAUCAAAAGUGAAUGGCAAAGCUGCGUGUCCAACUAUGUAUCGCGAAGUGUAUUAUAAAGCUACAAGUUGGAGACAGCAUUGAGGCGUAUCUCGGCAAUAAAUAACAACAUUACCAACAGCAAUCAAAGCCAAUCGCAAUUGCAACUUCAACUUACAUAGUAUAUAAAUAUAAGCAUAUAUUUGCACACACUUAUACAUACAUAUGUACGUAAGUACAAGUAAAUCGGCGUGCAACAGGAGCUUCCAUAAAUUUAAAUAUAUAAAUAAAUAUAUAAUAUAUUUAUAUUAGUAUUGUAAUUGUAAUGAAUUUAUUGAAUUACACAUGCAUAGCUGACUUACAGUGAAAUACAUAUAAACUAUACAGAUGUAGCAGCAUAUAAAAAUUACGUAAAUAUUAUAGACGCAUAUGUAGUUGUAUAAUAGAAAAUAAAGUAGACUAACAAUAUUUAUUACAGUAAGUAGCUCUGCAUCUAAAAUAAGUGAGCAGAAUUUGUGUGAAGAAAAAUGGGCAAAAAGUAGCAAAUGGUCUGCAGAGGCACAAAUAGAUAUAUAUAUGUACAUACGUAUAUAUAAUCUUGUAAAUAUUCAACAGCUAUAAACAAUAUUUUUGUAACCAGGCCCACUGAUAAUACCAAUAAGUAGUUAGUAAAAGCUAAAUAGUAAUAUAUAUAUAAUAUAUAAUAUUAAUUUAUUUACAUAAAAUAUAUUCGCAAGUAUACCGAAAACUAUAAACAUAAAUGUAUAACACAAGCUCCUUACUGCUUUCAGUCAUCUACCUUCUGCAAUUAAAAUUUCAUAUUCUAUUAGUCAGUGUUCCUUGGAGAGUUUAAAAAAAAUACUUUAUGUAACUUUUCAGUAUUCUUGGCAUGGGCAUUUACAUAAAUGCUAUUAGUGUACAUAUGUCUGCGCGUAUGAUGCAAUGCGUGAACUGAUCAUAAGUUCGUAUUUAUUUCAAUGCGCCCAGAAAAAAUACCAACUUAUGUUACUGGCUAUACUUGUACUUGAAAGUCAUUAUAUAAUCCCUUUUCCCUCCGGAAUCUUUGAAUCAUUCAUAACGAGCUUUCAUAUAGGGAAAAUAAAUUUUUUUUAAAAUUUUUGAUAUUAAAAUAAAUCGCAUUCUUGUCCAGUUAUUUUUUUAUAAGGUACAAAAAUGUAGUUUUGAUAAAAAGCAGUGGAUAUUCCCUAUUACUAUUUCAGAAUAUAACAGAUAAAUUACUCACAUCAUGUAAAUUACAGAUCGCCACCUUGCUUCGAAACUACAAUUUCAAAGAAAAUGCAAAACUAUCGACAAUAGUACACGCUAUAUAAGUAUAUUGGACUCUCUUAAAACAGUAAAAUAUUCCUGGCAAAAGUUUCUGGACAAACUGUACGGAUAUUAGUAUUCUGAGCCUUCAUACUCUUUGGUCAGCCAGAAUUUAUGGAAAAAUGCUUGAUUGAACUAAUUCUCACGUUGUAUGUGCCAGAUACUUGUAAAUGAACACAUUAUAACUGUUUUAAUGAAAUCAGUGCACGUUUUUUUACUGAGUGAACAUUUGUAUAUUGAGUUUGCCAUGAAGUUUUUAAGACCCUGGAGCAAACGUCGGAGACACUAUAAAGUAUAUAUAUUUAUAUAUAUGUAAAUAAAUUAUCAGCAUGACAAGCUGAGUCGAUUCAGCCAUGCCCGUCUAUAUACACGCGAAAUAAUCCCCAACUAAUCAAUCAGAAUCAAAAACUUGUAUGGAAAAUUCUUUUUAUGAUUAUUUUUGAUUACCCAAAGCUGAGCUAUUAGCUCCGAACAAAUUGUUCAAAUUGAACCACUAUAGUAUAUAGCUCUCAUUAAAACUGACCGAUCAAACUCAAAAUAAAAUAACUUUGUAGUCACACAACGUGGGUAAAAACACUAUCAAAACGUUUUCCGUUGGAUGCAAUCCGUUGGUCGGUUACGUUGUCGGAAUGACUAAUACAAAAGUAUUUGCUAUAAAAAAAUCCAGUUGUAAGGGGUAUAAGAAUUUUCAGAAUUACUUAUACAAAAAUAUUUGCUACAAAAGAAUCCACUUGUGAAGGGUAUUAGAGAUUCGGUGCAGCCGAAGUCAACGUUUUUUGUUUCUGUUUGACAAACAAUUAUAAAUAAAGUAAAGGUUAGUAUGAAGAUUAUUUACGUCAAAAAAAAAAAAAAAUAGCUGUCAAACGCACCCUAAACAGACAAUAAGAUGAAUCUUUUUUAAUUUACAUUUUUGUGAUUAUUGGACUAUACUCUGGUAUGACGAAUCGAAGAUGGCUAUUCUUUUAGGCAAUCAUACUAAUCGAAAAGUUUCAUUAUAUUGGUUUCAAAGGUGAAUAUUUUAAUCGUAUAACUUCAUACAACUAAAUUAUGUCUUCAAUUCAAUUCAAGAACACUACUUUCUUAAACGUAUAUAGAUAUGAUAAAUCUGUAUCUAUGCCUAUGCAAUAUAUGUAUUCCAAAAAUUUCAAACAUAUUAAAUUUAAUCAUUUUAAAGCUCAUCAAUUUUAUAGCAAAUACAUUUUUCUACUGAAAUUCGAUUAUUGAUAUGUUCGCUUCUUGUUUUGGUUUAGUUUAAACUCAAUUACGCACAUUAUAUUAUAUUUACUAAAAACUUGUAAAACUUUGAAUGAAAAACGUAAAUGCAUAUCAAAUAAGAAUUUAGCCGAAACAAAAAAAGUAUAGACACAAAACAAUUUAAUUGCAACACUAUUUAACACUGCUGACAUAAACGGAAUUUGUUACAAUAUAUCCACAUUACAAUUUAAUAAACAAAAUCUGCUCCAAAAUAUUUGCUAUGAAGUUGGUAUAAAUUACAUUAAAUAAUUAAGCGCCGUAGUUGCAACAUAAUUCUGACACAUUUAACAUGAUUUUUUCACUAGUUUACCAAUUUUUUUAACAUCAUUUGGCUGUACAUUUUUGUUUAUAAUUAUGUGAUUUGUUAUUGUUUGCACAAUUAAGCGCAUUUGAGUGUUUAUUAUGAGUGAAUAAUUGUUCAAAAAAUAUGUUCAGCAAUAAACAUGAAUUAAAAUGAUAACCGCACACUGAGCGAGCGAAACCACAACACGAUAGCGUGUUUUAUUUACUAUUAUUAUUUAUUUAAAUUUUUUACAGUUUUUAUAAUAAACCAACCAAUUUAAAAGAGCAAGCUGGCAUAUUACAACAAGUAAAUAAAUGACUUAAUUAUGUUCUAACACUUGUUUAUGAAAGUGGAGCGCAAAUAGUGAAUAAAAAGGUUUAUUUAAAUCUUUUUUGUGGCUCACUUCUUUCAUACUCAGAGCCAAUUAUGUGCAGAUUUAAGUGAACAGCUUCAGCUGAAAUUAUUAAAUAAUCUAAAUUUAAGUGAGGGAUGAUAUAAACUGCACUUAGUAUAUGAUAAUUGAUUGAAAUACAUCGUUUUCAAACAUUACUUAGCAAAUAUUAUGUUUUUCUUAUCGCUUACACAUAUACAAAUGCGCUUAAAAUUAAUUGCCGAAUAACUUUUCUCGCCCAAAUCUUUGAAAUAUUCAUAAUAAAGCUACAUAUAGGAAUAUUACUUUAAUUAUAAUCACAGCUGUUUUUUAGCUUUUCAAUUUUAGAAGCAAAUUUUAAAAAUUUAUUUUUUAUUUGUAGUUUAAUUUCGGAAAAUUUUCCUUUAUAUCCUGAACAGAAGAAAACGUUGGAGACCCUAUUAAAUAUAAAAAUAAUUAAACAGCGUGAAGAACUGAGUCGAUUUAGACAUCUCCGUCUAUCUGUCCGUGUAUAUAUACACGAACUGCUCCCUCAGUUUUUGAGAUAUAUAUCUGAAUUUUUGCACACGUCACACGUUUCUCCCCAAAAAGCUGCUCAUUUGUUGGAACCUCCAAUAUCGGGCCACUAUACCAUAUAGCUACCAUACAAACUGACCGAUCAAACUCAAGUUCUCAUCGCUACAAUCUCCGAACUAUUUCUUCAGAUUUUACCACACUUGCAUAUAGCUGCCUUUCUAACUGACCGAUCAAAAUCAAGAUACAAAUUUUUUAUACCCUUUUAUACUAUACAAAAUGCAGCUGCGAAGUGUAGUAUAGCUCCUGUGCAGCCGAAUUUAACUUUUUUAUAGUUUAUUUAUGACUUAUAUCGUUCGUAAAAAUCUAUCCCAUAAUCAGAAACAAAAUCAAUUUUAGCUUAUAGUAUUAUUACUACCCCAUACGCAUUUAACACAUUUUUUAUCAACCUUCUUAAGAACUUUGCGCACUCUAAACUGAUCCUCCAGAAGUUGAUUCAUCAGCAGUUCUAUUAAAAGUAACCAUUCCUUCUUCAUACACAAAAUUUUCAUGCAGGAAAGUAAAGCACUUGAUGUGCAUAAAUUACAAUUAAGUAUUGUUUGAAAGGUUUCGCCGUUACUUUGCUUUAAGUAAUGGAAUAACUAAUGCAAUAAUAACUUUUGAGAAUGAUGCCAUAUUUUGCCUGAACUUAUUGCUAUAAUCGAUGUACGUUGCACAUAAUUUGUGGUUGACUGAUGACAGGGUAUGCAAUCAAUUAUUGUAACACCUAGCCGCGUAAACAUUUACCAUAUCUGUGUACAUUACAUUGCACAAGUGAUGUAUGUAAGUAUGUAUACGGUAAAUAUAAUUAAUGCUGUGAACAACGACUCUUGCAUACAAUCGCAAUUAACUUGCAACUUUGACAUACACAGGUUAAUGCGGAGGUUAAUUUGCGAAAUCGCAAAUAUACUCAUACAUAUACCAUAUAUACAUUUGUUCAUGUUGCAACGCAAAAUUGGCAACAUUGACAGCGUGUGAAUGGCGCUAUGAUGUUUAAAUCCAAAAUUGAACACAAUAGUACAUGCAUCGCGUAUAUAUACACAUAGUACAACAAAAACAACAAUGACCACAGAGCUAAGAAUGAAAACAAUAACAUGCCACAUAUGUGCGUAUAUGUUGCAGCGCUAUAAUGUUCGUAACAGUUGUGGGCAUGCCACACAACAAACCUAAUAAAUAUUCAAUUUGUUAGCCAUGCCGUAGGCCACAUUACCUUCACCUUGGUAAUUCCGAAGCUUAUACCUUUUCCCGACACCACUUAGCAUGCUGCUUCCUCUUCCGUUACGUUGUGGCAGUAUAAAGCGCUUAAAUGCUCGUACAACCGUAUUGACCACGUUGGUUAGGCGUCGCAUUAACGCUUGUAAACGCAAAUGUAAACUGUUGGCUUAUCGUACACUAGGCGUAGCAUAUUUAAUCGCAUGUGUUCCAGAUAUUUUGUUGUGUGUAGGCGAGAAUUGUUUUAAAAUCACUUAAACUAACGUAUCACUAAUAUGACAUGUAACCGAGGAUAUUCAAUGUACAUAUAUGGGCGUGUAAUAUCUUAUUGUACUGUACAUGCAACAACUGAGCACACUUUUGAACAACUUAUAUUAUUAUCGACUGGUUGAAUAAAUGAGCUCUUGAUUAAUGCUUAGAAAUCCUAGUAUUAUAAUUCACCCUCUAUUUUCACAUAUCAUUACGAAUACCUCAAUCAUAGUGGGAAUAAGUUGUAAAUAUUAGUUAAUAGUUAAUAUAUUUUCGAAUUAUCUUACUUAUUUAAUGAAUUUUCCAGAGUAAAAUCGAACGAUCGAGACAAUUUACUCGAUUUACAUUCAACUAAAAAUGAAUUGUGUUAUCUUAAAUUAAUUUUUUAAUGAUAGACUGAGUAUUUUUAUUAAAUAAAAAAUUACUGGCACAUAUAUAGAAAAUAAUAAAUACCAGUAUUCCGUACUGGUUCGAAAUUUCUGCUUAAUAUACAAAUCAAGUUCUUUUUUAAUAUGAUAUACCUUCGGGUGGCAUUCUUGAACCUCUCUCUCAUUAUACCUCUGUCACAAAAAGUCGUAAUCAUAAUUUAUUUCUAAGCUUUGAAAGCAUAUAGGAACACAUAGUUAGCAAUAAUAGCCGCCAUCGAUUCACCACUCCUAUGCUCGCGCUGCUCUCUUGUCGAAAAUUCGACAUGUGAAUUUAACGACAAAUUUCAAGCGCAGUUAGUUUUUUUUUUUUUACUGAUUUUAAAAAAUAAAUAAGACCUCGUAUCAAAAUAUAAUUGCUUCCAAACGAAUAAUCCGAAUACAAUUCUUUUGCAGUAGGAAUAUUUCUGUUAAAGACAAGCUCAAAUCAAAAUAUAAUUAGACCUUGUAUGUCUAAAUGAUUCCUUAACUCGUCAUAUGUUACUUCUCUAUAGCACGACAGGUUUGGUUUACUCAAAUUCUUCCAAAACUAUAUAUAAAAAAAAAAAACAUGUAUGUAUACAUUUAACGAUAUUUUAGAAAAAAAUUGCAAAACAUAUUAAAACCGUUUAAAGUACAUUGUAAAUAUUCAUCUAUGUAUAACAAUCAAAAAUUAAAAAAAAAAAUAAUAUUACUAUAGAGUCUAUAUAUAGUAUAAAUUAUACGCAUAUAUAGGGUGAUCCAUUUCGAAGUUUCCUACGUUUUAAAAAAAAAAAAACAAAGAAAUUUUCAAUUUAAUGGGGAACGUUUAUUAUCAUUCGAAUGAACGUUCUUUGGCAUUUAUUUUUUAAAGAUUAUCUCUUUCAAAUAUUGGCCACGUCUCAGAUAUUCCAUCCAUUGAGUCCAAUUUUCGAUGACUCGUUCGAGUAUUUCGACUGGUAACUGGCGAAUAUUAUGCGUGAUGUUUCACUACAAGGUCUGAAUCGAAGCGGAAUUGUCCGCAUAUACUUAAGACUUUAAAUAUAUCCCCACAGGAAAAAGUCUAACGAUGUGAUAUCGCACGAUUUUGGUGACGACUCGACCGGCCCGAAACGUGAAAUCAUCUGCUCACCGAAGUGUUCUCUCAAUAAAUCCAUUGACUGAUGGGAGCGUCGCUUGGGAAGGCUUGGGCGGCUUCAGUUCUUGCAUAAGCUGUAUUUUGUUGGCUUUCAAUUUAAAUAUCUCGACGUAAAAUGCGCCAAGUCGUUCCAUACGUCAGUCCGAGUUGCUGCGAACGGCGCCGAAUCGACUCUCCACGGUCUUCGUGGACACUCUCAACUACGACCGUUAUAUUUUCUGCACUGCGUGCUGGGCGUGGUCCAUUCGGUCAAAUAUUAUUCAAUAAUGAAUGCUGUUCAGUAGGCCGAUUUUGUUGCCCAUAAGUUGAGCGAAGUUCACGAAACACAUUCUUUAAAGAAUGUGAAUUUUCAAAAUAAAGUUGAACGAUUUGUUAACGCUGUGCAAGCGUCAAGGAUGAAAUGAUGCGAAACUCUUUGAUUCGAGAGAGAGCUGUCAAAACUCACAUUUUUUAUAACAUUUUUCAAUCAUACCACUGUCGAAACUUUAACUUAAACUUUUGGGUGUUUUGUAUUUCGUUAUUAUUUUUAGGUGCUCGGUUCCCGAGUAGGCCUAUAUAACGCAUAUACAUCCCUAAAUAGGUGUAUUCAUAUUAUAAAAUUGUUAAAACAUCAUAUAACAUAAAAAAGUCAUACAUAAAAAAAAAAAUUAUAAGAAGAAGUCAUAAUAAAAUAUAAUGGUUUUAUGACUAACGUUUUAAAUUAAAUUAGCAAAAAAACUUUAGUUGCACGUUCCUUGAAAUUUCGUUGCGGGUUUAUUUCUGGCAUCCCGCCUAUUUUGAUAAUAUCUGUUCAAAAUUCCCUAAUCUUAAUAAUCAGGGAAAGACAAUAACAGAAAAAUCAGCGAAAAUGAGAGUCUCGCAUCAUUUCAUCCUUGCAAGCGUAAGUCUUUCCAUGAUGAAAUGCCAAACAAUGCUAAUGACUCACCCGUGAUCUGUCAAAAAGAGGGUAUUGAAAAAAGUACCUCUACUUGGAUUACCCGUUAUAAUACGCAUGUAUUUCAAAAAUGUUGGUGUUGUUAAUUGAAAUAAGCGUAUCGAUUAUAAAAAUGGUGUGAGCCUGACAUGUAUAUAUAUGAAACACUAAUCGUAUACAAUAAUUGUGAAAAUAAAAUACUUUAUUAAGUGGAGAAGUUUAUAUAAUACAAAAAUUGUAUAUACGACUUGAAACUGCAACAUCUUGCACUGGUGUAUUUUACUUUAAAAACAAAAUAAUAUUCUCUAAGAACUUAUAUGUAAACAGUUAGUGCAGAUGGAAUAAUUUUUAGCAGAAAUGAAUUAGUGAAAAAUAUUAUGAAUAUAGCGCAAAAAAUUUAAAAUAGAAAUAAUAAAUUUCUAAAAAUGCUUUGUAAAACGGUUUUCUGAACCUAUUGGCAACGGCUAGUACUAUAAAAUAAAUAGCAAGCAAAAGUAUGACAUAAAAUAAUAAUAUAUAAUAUAUAUACAUAUA